UUGACCAACGAAAAAACACGGCGCCGGCCCCGCGGCGUCACCAUCGCCUGGCCAUGGUGAAUACGAUGGAGUCCCCGGAGGAGUCCUUCGAGCGUUUGAGACAAGCACUGAACGUUCUGAAGGAACAGCACUACGACCCCUGGAACUGGCAUGAGUAUCUCGGUGAAGAUCCUCUCGAUAUUUUGGAAGAGGAUGAGGAAGAGGAAGAUGCUGAGAUGAUGGCCUUGAAACCCAAGGCGCGGAAAAACAUCGACCGCCUGAAGAGUCACCUCAUUACGGUGGUGCAAGAACUGAACCGCGCGGGCCAUGCUGCAGAUCUCGCGUACUACUACAUGUCCAUCCAUCCCGAACUCAUGAAGGACUGUGUGGUGAUCAUGGGUAGUGCUGGCGACAUCGAUGAAGAUCUGCUCUUGGAAAGCGGUGACGGCUCCCCUGAGAAGGUCAUGGCGGCUCUCCAAGCAAAGUUGGACGUGGCCAACGAGCGGAUUACACAGCUCACUGACGAGGUGAACGACCUAAGAGGUCGGCUCAUUGAAACCAACUACGAAAGUGAGGACCGGCUGCGCAACUGGUCUUGCUGCAAGAUGCAAGCAGAAGAAGCGAUCCAAAGAUUGGACAAACAAACCAGGACGCUGAACGCGGUGCUGGAACGCGAAGCGGAGCUGCAAGCCGAUUAUGAUGACCUUUGGGCGCGCCACGUGAGAGCCUCCAAAAUGAUGGUCUACAAAGCGCGACAAGGUUUGAGGGAUCGGCUCUUUGCGCAGAACAAGAAGGAAAAUCUCUUCUAUGCCUUCCAGGGAUUCAUGUACAUCCUGCAGCAAGAGAAGGAAGAGAGGAUACGCAGAGAACAAGAGGAGAUGCGCGACAGCGUGGAGUUUGCCUUGCGAAAUGAAGUGCGGUUUCUGCUCAACGAGAAUCUACGGUGCAAUGACUCCGUGAAGCGUUUGACGGGCGAACAGAACCGACUCAAACUGGACCGCCGGGCUCUGGCCAAGCGCUUGCUUUACAGGCAACGUCCCUACGAGCGCUUGGAAUAUCUGCAGUGGAUCUGGGAGCUCUGGCAGCCUCUCCGUGCUGCGCUCCGCUUGGAGAAGCACCUGGACACCACUCAGGCCUCCCUGGCUGCGGUGAAUCAGCAGUUAACCUGGAGCUCCAAGCAGAUGGUGCCCUUGAUGAAUUUCAUGGACCAGCUCAGGAUGGAAGUGUUGCGGGAACAACUCGAGGGCGAUUUGAUGCGUCGGGAGUUGGUUGCGGCCAGCGCCCGACAGUUCGCAGCUCUGACCGAGCGCUUGAGACUCCAACGUGCACAGGAGUUGGAGAUCUUGGCGCGGCUGAGAGACUUGGAGAACGAGGCCAAGGACGAACGCAUCGCCGUGCUGGAGCGUGAGAUCGCGGAGGAUAAGCACAUCCACGCUCUGAAGGGAAUGAUCGUUGACCUCGAGUACAACUUGCGGCGCGCCUUGGACCGGCGCAAGCAGCGCAGCUACGUGGUGCCGCCCAGCGGGCAGAAGUGCGUGCAGUGCGGUAGGGAGACAUCCUACAGGGCCUGGAAGCUUCCCCCGGAGGGCUUGGCACGGAGUGCUUCAGAGGUGGACCUCUCCCGCGAGCGGCCCAGCGCAGUGGCUUCGCCCCCGAAGAUUGAACGCAGUCAGAGCAGGGGCAACGCUCGAGCCGCAUGGAGCGAUGAAGAGAAAGAGAAGGAAUCCAAAUUUCUGGCGGUUUGGAGAUGAGCGAGGUUCACA